CUACAGCAACCAACGGCAGGAAACAUAAUAAACCGACAAGUUCAAACCGCGAGAAGUACGGCAAACCAAUGGCAAGAAACACAGCAAACCGGCGACAAGUUCAACCAAGAGAAGUACAGCAAAUGCAACACAGUGAUGACUUAACCAUGAGAAGCGUAGGGAACGGCAAGAAUCACAGCAAACCGAUGAGAAGCGUAGGGCAAGAAUCACAGAAAACUGGUGAGAAGCGUAGGAAUCAACGGCAAGAAUCACAGCAAACCGACAACAAAUUCAAACAUGAGAAGCAUGGCAAAAACAACAGCACAGCAGCAU